AUGUGGGCAGUUAGUUCUUUAGACUGUCUGUUGAUGUGGGCAGUUAGUUCUUUAGACUGUCUGUUGAUGUGGGCAGUUAGUUCUUUAGACUGUCUGUUGAUGUGGGCAGUUAGUUAUUUAGACUGUCUGUUGAUGUGGACAGUUAGUUCUUUAGACUGUCUGUUGAUGUGGGCAGUUAGUUCUUUAGACUGUCUGUUGAUGUGGGCAGUUAGUUCUUUGGACUGUCUGUUGAUGUGGGCAGUUAGUUCUUUAGACUGUCUGUUGAUGUGGGCAGUUAGUUCUUUAGACUGUCUGUUGAUGUGGGCAGUUAGUUCUUUAGACUGUCUGUUGAUGUGGGCAGUUAGUUCUUUAGACUGUCUGUUGAUGUGGGCAGUUAGUUCUUUUCCUGAGUCAGUUUCUGUCAUCUGUCGUUACUCGUUCCAUCUGCCCGGGGUAUUCCUAUAA